AUGGUGGGGCUCCUGGAGGCGCUCAUGGCCGAGAAGGACACGGAGCGCUUCAGGCUGGCGGAUCCGGCGCUGUUCAUCCCGGUCUGGUCCUGCCGGCGGCAGGAGGUGACGCGGCAAGCUUUGCUGGCAGUGCUGGAAGAGGGUGGCGCCACCAUGUUGCAUGCCUCGGCGCUGAGGGCCCUGACGCACCUGGCCAAGCACUCAUCCUCCGAGGCUGCCAUGCUGCGGCGGCAUGCCGGCCUUGGCCUGGAGCUGAUGGCACGCUGCGCCUGUGAUGAGGAGAAGCUGGUGAUCGCCUUGGAGUUUCUGGUGACCGUCCGGGCGAAGGCGCAGCAAAGGUCGGUGAGGUCAGCUUCAGAGCUCCCUGGAGGUGUGGUUUACAAUCAGAUCCCCGAGGAGCUGGAGGCUCAACUGACUACGCCUUUCACAGAAGAGCAGAGACAACAGAUCUUCCGAGAGGUUGGGCUGCACAGCGCGGAGCGCAAGACAGCCCCCUCUCGCCCCAAGGCGCUACUUGUCUUCGGCCCUCCGGCUGUUGGCAAGUCCACCCUUAGCAUGGAGGUGGCCAAAAAGCUGUUCGAGUCGCCCAGAAAUGUGGUAAGUGUUGACGGAAACGAUGUGCGUGAUCGGCACGCGGGCUUCAAUAAGGUCGCGCAGCACGGCUUCAAGCACAAGUUGCUGCACGCGGAUGCCUGGGAUAAGCUGAAGGGCACCAAGUACGUAGAGAACUUGAAAAAGGAGAUCCUGAGCUUGGCGGUUCAGAAUCGGCAAGAUGUGAUCAUCCCGGAGUGCGCAAUGCAGCCCGAGCGAGUCCACAAGAUGCUGAGGCAGAUGGAGAAUGCAGACUAUGAGAUGCACGCCAUUUGCCUGUGGGCACCUCUCGAUGCUGUGCAGCACCGGGGACGUCAGAGGUCCGUGAAGGCGGGUAAAGCCUUCAACGUCAAGUUCCACGGGCCCAGCUGCGCGGGGGCCGUGGAGUUUGGGAAGCACUUCGAGAAGAAGAUCAAGGAGAGCAGCCGCCACUAUGGCAGCCGGGUUCUGUUGAUCACCCAUUGA